AACUCUUAUAAGAAAUAGGUAGUAUACAUUUCCAAUCUGUCCUGAGAUGACUGCCUAGAGCUCAAGUGAACUUUGUUAUCCAAUGUUCUCAUGAGUAGCAAUUUGCUGCGAUAUAUAACCUAUGCUUGACUAGGGGUGGACUGACAACUCAUGGGGCCCCCCCGGGCAAUAGGGGAUCAUGGGGCCCCUGUGUCCUUGCCCAAACUCAAAAAAGCCUAUGAAAAAGGUACCAGGGGCAUCUCAUGGGGCCCCCUACUGACCCCGGGCUCUCAGGCAGUGCCCGAGUUUCCAAAUGAUCUCCCAGUUUCCCUGUGCGUG